UUAAGUUCGGUCGACGAGACACUUGGCUGGCAGCUCUCACUCGUUCUGUCUCGAUCGUUUCCCCUUUUUUUUUCUUUUUCCGACCACCGCGGACUGCAGGCUACACUUCUGAGUUCUGGACACUUCGCAGAGGAACUGGUGGAUAUACACUGGAAAUAUUUGACGGCGUGGGCCGCAUGGACACGAAACAAUUCGGCGGGAUAAUGCCGCAGGAAUAGCGUGGCGGUGUUUUUUCAUAACCUAAGUCGUAAAUCGUGUGAAGAAAUGCCGCCUACUAAGAAGGGAGACUUGGAUAAGUUAGCAUGGGCAUGGAUAGAAUCCAUCAGUCCAGAUGAGAUUGAGAAAAUACAUUUAGAAACUGCAUAUAGAAUUGGAUUAAAGAGUUGUAAAAAUUGCAAACGUAAUUGCACCUAUAAUCCACAAUGUCUGACAGGUUUAGGAGAAGACAAGUAUAUGAAGUCCCAGCCGGCCGAGGUAGUGUCUUUAGAAAGUUCCUUAUCAGAGUUACGCGACCCGACCCAAUAUGUUGGCUUAAAGAAUCUAGGUGCUACUUGCUACGUCAAUAGCUUAAUUCAAAUGUGGUUUCACAAUGAAGACAUGAGGAGAAUAAUAUACAAAUGGGAUAUUACGGAAGAUCCAGAGGAGAAGGAGGCGUUGUGCCAGUUUAAGAAAGCAGGAGUACCUUAUCAUCCAGUAACUGUAGUUGGCCAAUUGCAGUACACUUUUGCGAUGAUGCAAUUCGGCAAUCGGAGCCUUCUUGAUCCAAUCAAUCUCGCUAUCGCGUUAUCCUUGGAUACCAGAACACAGCAAGAUGCGCAGGAGUUUUCCAAGCUACUAUUGUGCCAUAUCGAAGGAAAGCUACAGCAAAACUCAGAACUGAAGCAGAUGCUGCAGAGGCUGACUCAGGGAAAAUACAGCUAUAUCAAUCGUUGCUCCACGUGCAGCACUGAGUACCCAACGUCUACCACAUUCUAUGAGUUGGAUCUACAGCUGGCAGCAACUUUGAAAGAGGCGAUCGACAAUUAUUUAUCAGAAGAACAGCUGACGGGGGCGAAUCAAUACCAUUGUGUCACUUGCAAUGAUAAAAAGGACGCCAGGCGAUUCAUACGACUGGAGUCUCUCCCAGAGACUUUAAAUAUUCAACUAAUGCGCUUUGUAUUCCAUAGAGAUUCCGGACAGAAGAAGAAGUUGAAUUCGUAUAUUCAGUUUCCCGAAGAGCUUGAUAUGUCGGAAUAUAUUAGGUGUCAGCCUCAAACUCAUCUUUACAGUCUCGUCGCUGUAUUGAGCCAUAAAGGUCCAUCUGCACAUUCUGGGCAUUACAUUGCGAAUAUAUGUAAUUCAAGCGGGGAGUGGUAUCAAUUUAGCGACGAUAAAGUUGAAAAAAUGCAAAAUAAACGAAUCGAGGAUAGCGUAAAUGAUAAAUCAAUGAAACGUGGACGUGUUCCAAAGGGAUUUCUAUCGUCCAACACAGCUUAUAUGUUGGUUUAUAAAAAGUUAACUUCAGAUGGACGAAUAAAUGCUGCGAAAAAAGCAAAAUUGAAAAAACUUGAUGUGGAAAUAAAUGCCUCCAAUGAUACUGUUUACUGCGAGAAACUUUCAGUUACAGAAAAAUCGGAUACCGCGGACGAGCCGAAACAGAAAGCUGAUAUUGAAGACGCACCAUUAAUUGAAGAAGAAAACUCUGAAAAAAUAUUGAAAUUAGAUUUAGAGAAUGUAAUAGAAAUAGAUGAAUCUGCAAUAUCUAAAAAGACUGAUACACCUAUCACAGGUGAAAAUGAUACACCUAUCACGGGUGAAAAUGAUACAUCUAUCACAAGUGAAAAUAAUACACCUAUCACAGGUGAAAAUGAUACACCUAUCACGGGUGAAAAUAAUACAGAAAUUGUAGCUAGCACAAAUGGAUGUAAAGACACACAUGAUUCUACCUUAGAACAAGUACAAAAAGUUCACGAUCUAAAAGAGUCAGUAGUGAAAGUUGGUAAGGUAGAUUAUAAACGAUUGAAUGGUGACGCACACAGAGCUAUGAGUUGUGGUGAACGUGAUUUUUAUGAAGAGAUGGAAUUUGAGAAUUGGCAAGUAAGCAGUACGAUGCGUGAACUUGUCAGACAAGAAAAUGUUAAACACGAAUUGAGUUUGUUAGCCGCACAGCAAGAAAAACAAAAAGAAAUUGAGGAUCAGAAUUCCAAACGACAACUCGUAAUAGACGUGUAUAAUAUAAUCCAUUCAACAGUAUCUUGGAGUAAUUAUUAUUGGAUACCAACUGACUGGCUAUCGAAAUGGUUGAUCGGACAUUCCUCUGCAGUCGAAAUCCGUCCGAUCGACAAUUCCAAUUUAAUGUGCUCGCACUAUCGACUUGAUCCAAUGAAAGUUAGUCGUAUGAAAUGCGUGCCGGAAUUAGCAGCUCAAAUGCUUUACGAUAAAUAUCUAGGAGGUCCGCGGUUAGACCAGACAUUUUUAUGCGAAAUUUGUGUAAAACGACGUUGCAAAUUAUUGCGUUUCAAGAUAACACUUGAACGAGAUCACAAAGAAGUUGGAGAGUUAAUUCGUACAUUUAAAGAACCUGUCGAAACGAGCUAUAUAAUUGGUACCGAUUCACUGCGAUCAUGGCGAAGGUUAGCCAUGGAAACGUUUCAAGAGGAUAUAGAACAAAAGGAGGACGAUUGCCAGGAUACUCUGCAGGAGGAGAGUAAGAAUAUGGACAAAGACGGCAACGAUUGUCCGAAGGAAGUCGAGGAGAAUAAGGAAAAUGAGGUUAUUAUAAACUUCAACGAAGAUUUACUCUGCGAGCACAAGUCUCUUAAAACGGCAGAUUCCAGUAGAAAAGUGAUACCUCAAGAGGCAUGGGUGAUUCUUAAAAAAUAUUUUCCGGAUUCGAAAGAAUAUCCCGUUGGAUCGCCGUCCUGUUCAAUCUGCGAGGAAAAGAUGGAAAGUGCGCAAAGAGCGAAGAAAGACGACAAAAUAAAGGCGAAGCAGCAGAAAGACGAGCUUACCGACUUGUAUUACGGAAAGAAUAGGAAUGAAAUUUCCAAAUGCGAUGAUCCUCUGAAAUCUUUCUACAUUGUGGAGAAGAGCUUCCUGGACAGUUGGCGUUCCUUCAUUCGAUACGCUGAAGUCUACUCGAGAACACCACCGACAGGAAUCCAGAACGCGUCGCUCCUUUGCGAGGAGCAUAAAGGAUUUCUGCACUCGCCCAAAAUUAAUAACGAACUAUACACUAUAGUAACUGAAGAGGAAUGGUUGAAGCUCAUGCAGUUCUACGACGUUGACCAUCCUAUUGUCAUAAAGAAGACUAGCGAUGACUAUUGCACGAAUCCUGGCCCCUGCGCAGCUUGCAUGUUAGCGAAGGUUGAACAGGAACGUCUAGAAAGCUUGAAGUACGAUAGAGCAACAAUCUACGUUAAAUGUAUCGAUGAAAACGAAGAACCUAAGAUGGACGACAAUGAUUAUGAGGUAGUGACAAAAAAACCGAAGAUAGCGAAGGCACGUCCCUCACGAACUAGGAGAAAAUUAAAAGGCUCUCACGAACUCAAAGUGUCAUCUGAGAUUACUUUGAAAGAACUUAAAGUAAUGACGAUGCAAAUUUGUGGAGCUGGACCGUACGACCAACAUAUAAUGCUAGGAGAACACGAACUCAUUGAUGAUAGUCUGAGCUUGGCGGCACUCGGUAUAUUUCCUGGAGCUCUACUUACGUUAAAGAUUGAUGCCCCAGUAGAAAAUGAAACCGAUGUCGAAUCCGAUAUCCACAAUAUAGAUUCUUCAUCGCCAGAGAAAGGCUUCAAGGGAACGGAACUGGUGCCGAGCUGAUCUGUAUGAACAUAAUGUAGCCAAUUUUUUCUAACAUUUAAUAAUAGUUGAUUUAACGCAAGAUAUUUUUA